AUGGCUCCUCAAAUCCCCAAUACCCAUAAGGCCGCUAUGUUCAAGGAAAAGGGUGGGCCCCUUAUUGUUGAGGAGAUCGAGACCAAGCAGCCUCAGGAUGGCGAGAUUCUUGUCAAGGUCCAGGCUUGCGGUGUUUGUCACUCCGAGGUUGUGGUUCAGCAAGCUAUGUUUGGAACUCCAUUCCCGAGGAUCCCGGGUCACGAAAUCAUUGGUCAUGUCGUGGCCGUCGGGCCACACGAGAAAGAGUGGAAGGUCGGCGAUAGAGUUGGUGGAGCUUGGCACGGUGGACAUGAUGGAACCUGCAAGCAAUGCCAACGGGGCUUUAACCAGGGUUGCGUGAAUGAGCAAAUCAACGGCGUGACCCGCGAUGGUGGAUUCGCCGAAUACUGCACCCUCCGCUCUGAAGCCGCCGUCCACAUCCCCACAGAUGUCGACGCUGCAAGCUAUGCUCCUCUCCUCUGCGCCGGUGUCACCGUUUUCAACUCAAUGCGCCAGAUGAAAAUUACGAGCGGUGAAACCGUCGCCAUCCAAGGUCUCGGUGGGCUCGGACAUUUGGCCCUGCAGUAUGCGAACAAAAUGGGCUACAAAGUCAUCGCGCUGUCCAGUACUGGUGCGAAAGAGAAGUUUGCGAAGGAUCUUGGCGCUCAUGUAUAUGUGGAUGGCAGCAAGGAGAAUCAUGCCGAGGCCUUGACGAAGAUGGGUGGUGCGGCGAUGAUCGUUAGCACGGCGCCCAUUCCGGCAAUCAUGGGCGACCUGGUGAAUGGGUUGGCGCCGGGAGGGAAGUUGGUGCUUUUGGCUCCAAUUGGUGAGAUCACGGUCAACACCGGGCCCCUGAUCGCGAAGGGCGCUUCAGUCCAUGGCUGGCCUUCCGGCCAGGCCCUCGAUUGCGAGGAAGCGAUUGACUUUGCAGAGCUUCAUGGCGUCAAGUGCAUGAUUGAGAAGUUCCCUCUUGCGAAAGCUAACGAGGCGUAUGAUUAUAUGAUGGCUGGGCACCCAAGGUUUAGGUGUGUGUUGGUGAUGGAGUAG